UCGUUAUUUCCAUUAGACAUCAGAUGCAUAAAAAAAAUUAAUACAUUUCUAUGUUGGUAGCUAUGGUUGUCAUCGAAAUUUGAGUUCCAGUAUCGAGGUCUUUCUUUAACCUCUCUGAAGUUUGUGGCGUUCAAGAUAAAACGCAACCACCAAAAUGGGUAAAGUCAAGUGUUCCGAUUUGAGAACUAAAGACAAAAAAGAGCUCACGAGGCAACUCGAUGAGUUGAAAAAAGAACUUACUAGCCUUAGGGUGGCUAAAGUUACUGGAGGUGCCCCUUCCAAAUUGUCGAAAAUCCGUGUUGUGAGGAAGGCAAUUGCUAGGGUAUACAUUGUUAUGCACCAAAAACAGAAAGAAAAUUUGAGGAAGUUGUACAAAAACAAAAAGUACAAGCCUUUAGACCUCAGACCCAAGAAGACCCGUGCUAUCAGGCGUGCAUUGACCAAACAUCAAAUCAGUCUGAAAACCCCUAAAGAAAUCAGGAAAAUGUCUAUAUUCCCCCCAAGGAAAUUUGCACUUAAGGCAUAACCUGUAAUGUAAAAAAAUAUAAGUUUUCAUUAAG